UCCCCAAAUACACUCACUCCCCCAUUCGGCCAUUCCCUCUAAGAGAGGAGGAAAAUAGGGGUGCUUCCUCUCUCCUCAUUUUUCUUUAUCCCUGCCUUCUGCCUACCAAAUGUGAAAAGUUGGGAGCCGUUUGAUCUUCGGAAUCCCAAUUCAUAAAUAUGAACUCCAGGCGUCGUUCUCUCGCCGUUCGCUUUCCAUGAUCGUUUAUUUUUUGUUCUCUCUUUACGGUUAGAAAGUGAGAAAGCAAGAAAUGGAGCCACUACAAAUCAAGGUCGCAGAGGCAGUUCGGGUGCUGAACCACGAUUCAGAAUCGUGCAACCGCGUUGCUGCGAAUCAAUGGCUCGUACAGUUCCAACAGUCCGACGCCGCUUGGGAGGUCGCUACUUCCAUCCUCACCUCCGAUCGUCCUCCUUUCCUUGGCGGCUUCGAAGUCGAGUUCUUCGCUGCUCAGAUUCUCAAACGAAAGAUCCAAAAUGAAGGAUAUUAUUUGCAGUUGGGAGCAAAAGAUGCCUUGUUGAAUGCUCUUCUUCUGGCAGCAAAAAGAUUUAGUACAGGACCUCCACAGCAGCUCUUAACACAAAUCUGUCUUGCACUGUCGGCUCUUGCCCUUCGUGCGGUAGAACAUAAGAAGCCUAUUGAGCAACUUUUUUGCAGUCUCCAGAGCCUGCAAAAUCAGGACAAUGGGAAUAUUGCUGUUUUAGAGAUGCUUACAGUUCUGCCUGAAGAAGUUGUCGAGGACCAAAACAGUGAUUUUAACAUUAGUUCAUCUCGUAGAUACCAGUAUGGAGAAGAGGUUCAGGAGCUUCAUCUAAAACUUCUCUCGCAUACUCCCAUGGUGCUUGAUUUCUUACUUCAUCAAUCAGAGCAAAGGGUUGAUGAUGGCAUUCAUCUUAAUGAGAGGAACCGGAAAAUUUUGCGAUGCUUGCUGAGUUGGAUUCGUGCUGGGUGCUUCUCAGAAAUUCCACCCUCUUCAGUACCAGCACAUCCACUUCUUAGUUUUGUCUUCAAUUCUUUGCAGGCUUCAUCAUCUUUUGACUUGGCCAUUGAAGUUCUCGUUGAGCUUGUGAGUAGACAUGAGGGGCUACCCCAGGUUUUACUAUACAGAGUCCAGUUCCUUAAAGAGGCACUUCUCCUACCGGCUCUUACUAGUGGAGAUGAGAAAGUUAUUAGUGGUCUUGCAUGCUUGAUGUCGGAAAUUGGGCAGGCUGCUCCGGCGUUGAUUGUUGAAGCAAGUACUGAAGCACUUGUGCUUGCAGAUGCACUUUUGAGUUGUGUAGCUUUUCCAAGUGAAGACUGGGAGAUUGCUGAUUCAACAUUACAAUUCUGGUGUGGUCUUGCAAGCUACAUUCUAGGGCUUGAUAUGGUUCAGGGAAAUAGCAGAAAAAAUAUGGAAGACAUGUUUUUGCCUGUAUUCUCAACAUUACUUGAUGCCCUCUUGUUGCGUGCUCAGGUGGAUGAUUCUACAUUUAAUGAUGAUUCUGGAACUUCUGAUUUGCCUGAUGGCCUUACCCAUUUUAGGACAAAUUUGGCGGAGCUUUUUGUGGAUAUUUGUCAGCUUUUAGGAUCGGCAACAUUUUUGCAAAAGCUUUUGUGUGGUGGAUGGGUAUCUGCAGAUAUAUCAAUUCCUUGGAAAGAGGUUGAAACUAACAUGUUUUCCCUUAAUGUGGUUGCAGAAAUAAUUCUACAGGAUGGUCAUCCAUUUGACCUUUCUGUGAUUAUGCGUCUGGUGACAAUUCUGUCAAGUAGAGCACGCAAUGAGCUCAAGGGAUUCAUGUGCUUUGUUUACAGAUCCGUUGCUGAAGUUCUUGGUUCAUAUUCAAAGUUGAUAUCUUCUUUUCAGUUUAAUGCAAGACCCUUGCUAUUAUUUUUUGCUGCUGGAAUUGCAGAACCAAUUUCCUCAAGUGCUUGUGCUUCAUCUUUACGUAAGCUCUGUGAAGAUGCUUCAGCAGUGAUUCAUGAACCUUCAGAUUUGGAAAUUUUGAUCUGGAUAGGAGAGGGUUUGGAGAAGAGGAGCUUACCUUUGGAAGAAGAGGAAGAGGUUUUUAGUGCAAUCACGCUGAUCCUUGGUUCUGUUGCCAACAAAGAGCUAAAGAACAAGUCAUUGGCUAGAUUGCUAUCUUCUAGCUAUGAGGCUAUUGGAAAACUUAUUGAUGAAGAGAAUGAGCAUUCUCAGAGGCAAAAUCCUGCUAUUUAUACACAAUCAUUGAACUCAGCUGCAAGAGGACUUUACAGGAUGGGAAUUGUAUUAAGUCAUCUGGUAACCCCUCUGUCAUCUGGCUCUGUUGAAGAUGAAACUAUUCUUGCUCUUCUUGGGGCCUUCUGGCCUAUUCUUGAGAAACUUCUUAGGUCUACACACAUGGAGAGUGGUAGUCUAUCCACAGCAGCAUGUCGAGCUCUUACACAAUCAAUCCAAUCCUCUGGCCAGCACUUCCUCAUGCUAUUGCCUAAAGUAUUAGAUUGCCUAUCUACAAACUUUGUUUCAUUUCCAAACCAGGAAUGCUACAUCAGAACGGCUGCUGUUGUUAUUGAAGAAUUCGGUCAUAGAGAAGAGUAUGGACCUUUAUAUGUUAGCACCUUUCAAAGGUUCACUUCUGCGGCUUCAAUAAUGGCUCUAAAUUCUUCAUACAUUUGUGAUCAAGAGCCCGAUUUGGUCGAGGCCUACACUGCCUUUGCAUCUAUGUUUGUUCGUGUCUGCCCCAAGGAAAUACUGGCUGCUUCUGGUUCUCUUCUUGAAAUUUCCUUCCAGAAGGCAGCUAUAUGUUGCACAGCCAUGCAUCGUGGGGCAGCAUUAGCAGCCAUGUCAUACAUGUCCUGUUUUUUAGAGGUUGCCCUGACCUCAUUGUUGGAAUCCAUGUCUUGCAUGACCGAAGGUUCAUUCAGUGCAAUGGCAAUUCAGGUCAUAUCCCAUAGUGGUGAGGGACUCAUAUCUAAUGUGAUAUAUGCUUUACUUGGUGUUCCAGCAAUGUCAAGGGUCCACAAAUCUGCAACUAUCUUACAACAGUUAGCAGCAAUUUGCAGUCUAAGUGAGAGGACUACCUGGAAAGUGGUUCUUUCUUGGGAAUCAUUACAUGGAUGGCUACAGUCAACGGUACAGGCUUUGCCUGCUGAGUACCUAAAGCAAGGAGAAGUAGAAACAAUAGUGCCAAUGUGGCUAAAGGCUCUCACUGAUGCGGCAUCAGAUUACCUCGAGAGCAAGACCUGCAAUGGAGAAAGAAAUAAUCACGGUCAUAUGCAAGGGAAAGGAGGAAGAAUUCUGAAGCGCAUAAUCCGAGAAUUUGCCGACACACACCGCAAUAUCCCCAAUCUGACGUGAGCUUGGUUAUACUCUUAGUUGGCUAUGGUGUACAUUGAAGACUUGUGCUCCACCUUGAGGACCACACUCCUUGUGACACUUGUAACGUGUUUUUGUAUAUUGGAAGUAAGUUGAGCUCAAAAUUUAAACACUGCCUGUAAGGAUGACACUUUGGUUCGGUCCUUUUCUGUUCCUCACUUGUAGAUGUAGUUCAAUCCUCUGUACAGCAUUGAGUAUAGUCCAGAUUUUGUUGUCACCUCGAAAUUUGAGGAAAAUUUUUGGCCUACAUGAAAAUAACAUGUUCUCAAUAUGAGAAGGGUAAAGAAAAACGUAUAGCAAAGA